CGGGGGCGUUCCCGCGGACGGGCCGUACCGGGCGCCGCCAUGGAGCUGGGCGAGAUGCUCUACAACAAGUCCGAGUACAUCGAGACGGCCUCCGGGAACAAGGUGAGCCGGCAGUCGGUGCUGUGCGGGAGCCAGAACAUCGUGCUGAACGGCAAGACCAUCGUCAUGAACGACUGCAUCAUCCGCGGGGACCUGGCCAACGUGCGCGUCGGGCGGCACUGCGUGGUGAAGAGCCGGAGCGUCAUCCGGCCGCCCUUCAAGAAGUUCAGCAAAGGGUAA